GGCCUCUAUCAUCAUUAUCGCCGCAACCUCGUCCGCGUCCACCCAACCAGCCAUCCCACCACCACACGACGAAACGAGCGAAAGAGCGGUACUCUUACUCGACUAUCAUCGCUUCGCAGUUCGCAGGCAGAAAACUGAAAAGCACUCGAUGAGUGUGUAUUUGUAUACUCAUACUGAUACUCGUAUUACGUGUACCGUGUACGGUGUACGUAGUCAUAAGUCAUAGUCGUAGUCGUACGUGCAAGUUGAUAAAGCGAAAGCCGUGUAUGCCGUGCGUUGAUGUUGAUGAUGUGUGAUGUUUUGUUGGUGUUUGCGACGUACCGGGUAAUUUUGACACGUUUUCGCCCGUAGAUAAUUGUGCCGUUCGGUUCGGUAAAGCUCUCGUAACGUAACGUAGUGUAGCGUAGCGUAGCGUAGCGUCAAAGUAUCGCAGGCCGAAAUUCGAGGGGUUGGUGCCGUUGGUGGUUAGGGAAUUGAAAAAUUUAUUCGCCAGUCGCCAGCUCUAUGGUCGGAGCUGAUGUUUUCUUCUCGAUCUCGAUAACAUAACGGUAUCGUUGGUCGUUGGUAGUUUCGGUGUGACAGUGGACGGUGACGCAAGACGCAAGAUGCAAAUUACUAACGUGGCGGUUUGCUAGUUUUGUUUUGCUAUUGCUGGUUAUAAGUACGUACUCGGUACUCGGUACUCGUAUUAUUUGCGGAUUCAGCAUUCGGCAUUCGGCGUUCGGCAUUACCUACGAGCAGUCGGUCGGCUCAUCUAAAUGCAGGUGCAUCCGAUAAUUGUGUUUCCAAUAUCGUCACAUCUCACUCAUACGACAUUCUACACAUACGUCGCUGCUUUUGUGGUAGCAGCAGCAGCAGCAACGAGGGCGGUACUUGUUCGAUGAACUUUCGUAUGAAAUUGAUGAAAAGUGAGGAACGAAGGCGAACGCGAACGCGAACGGUGAACGGCCACACUGUCGAAAACGUAAAUUAGCGACAGUCGACGGGAUGGCGCGUAUAAUAUGCAGCCGCGAACGUAAAAACGAAGCAAAUUCUCCGGCCAGCGGCGGCGGCGGCGGCGGCGGUGGUGGAGGUGGCAGCAGAUUGCGCGAAGCGACGACGAGCAAUCGGCGAGAUGGCGAGACCGCAGCCGAUGGUGACGGCGAUGCCGAUGGCGAUGCGGAUGCUGGCGCUGGCUCUUUUGGUGAAAAGCGAGACGCCGAACGCGGCGGCGUGCCGAGUAAAGUGACGCGAUUAGCCCAACAAUUCAGCUCGGCCAGUUUGAACGAGCAACUCGGGCUCGAGCGCGAGCCAAAACAAAGCGGUGCGACGACGAAGCGUACGGCGGCUGGCGGCCACCAUCAGCUUCAGCUUCAGCUUCAGCGUUUGUCGACUCGAACGUCAGCUGGCGACCAUAGCUGUCGCGUUAAAAAAACCGUUCGACUUUUCGAAAUAGACUCGAAUCGAGCGGUGAAAACCACCGACGACAGAGCGUGCUCGUUGAACGGUGGUAAUGACGGCGGCGAUCGCGUCCAGCGACCCGCCAAUUCUAAUGCCAACGGAGGCGUCCGCGCCGGCAUCCGUGCCCAAACAAAGACGACCGAUAAAAUAAGCGCCGCCGCCGCCGCCGCCGCCGGAGCGUUAGACGAAUCUCUGGUGUCGGCGCGAAAUCGACUUAAACGAGUGGCGGCGAGCCGGGACACUUGCGCUGCCGCUAUCGCCUCUACUAUCGACGGAAAGCGAGAAAAACCACGUUGGUCGCGUUUGUCACCGCCCGCGCCCGCGCCCGCGUCCGCUUCCGCGCCUGCAACGUCAAACGUUUGCGACGGCACGAAUGCCAACGUCGUCGAUCGGCCGUACGAAGGACGACGCUGCGUCAGUAUGUUGGCCAACGUCAAGCAUACGCAAAUCUACGCUAGUUACGACGUGAAAACUUUGAAAAACAGACCUUUGUCCGUGGCCCAGCAUUUUCGUUUGGAAGGCGUUUUGAACGACGCAGCAGCCUCGAAUACUGUCACCACCACCACCACCACCACCACCACCACCACCACCUGCACCAUGUCCGUGUCGACGUCGUCGCAGCAAACAGAAAAACAAAGCCGAAGCGCUCACGAGCCCGCUACAACGACGACGACGACGACAACAACAACGGUGACGACGACGAGAACGGCUCCGGCGUCAGCGCUGCAUAAAAAUACGUCUUUUUUACACGGUUCGCGAAACGAUCGAUCGCCAUCGGCAUCGCUGAGCCAAGUAUCGUCGCAGAUCACCUCAGGAGGAAGCAGUGCGGCGGAUGUUUACGACGACGGGGGCUACUGCGCCACCGCCACCGCCAUCGCCAUCGCGCCGUACGAAGAUGUGGCCGAUGCAGACAACGACCACGAUAGCGACGAAGCCGAUAGUUACGGGUAUUCGAAUAUCGACGAGCUACGUUCGCGUGGCUGCGAUCAACGUCAUACGGACCAACAAUGGGAAAGCGACGGCAAUGGCGAUGGCGACGGCGAGGUUGACCACGAAUCCAACGUUUACGACACAGUCGUGUACUCCGAGUUGAACGUAGCACGGCCACUACCACCGCCGUCACUCGGUGUCUGCGGUAACGGCAACCGCAACCGCAGUCGCAGUAGUUGCAUUCGCGACCUGAAUGACGACGACGACGACGACGACGACGACGACGACGGCGGGGAUGACGAAUAUAGUUACUGUAGCGGCGAUGAUGAGACGGCGUACGAAGUGGUUUCUCCGUUAGUAUACGCUGCUGAGUCAGACUGCAACUCGGACAGCUCUUUGGAAAAAGCCAACAGCCUGUACGAAACCAAAGAGACGACGACGACGACGACGCCGACGCCGACGCCGUCGUCUUGCUACCACAGUCGCGUGCAAACGCUAUCGACGAUUACGCCAAUGGAAAUGCAACGCGAUCAAGGCAGGGACAUUAUCAACGAUGGAGCGAUUAGCGUUGGCGCAGCAGCAGCCGCAGCCUCAGCCGCAGCAGCCGCUACCACGAAUAGCUCGGCUAGUUUGGCGAGUGACGAUUGGUUGGACGUUAACGAAUGCGAAAGUGCCGAUGAAAUUCGUCGAAAAAAACUGUUUGUCACAAAGAAACGCCAAAUACGUCUGAGUCAUAAACUGCGAAAAUUGAAAAGAAAGAAAUUACGAUCGUAUUCGAACCAGCUAAAAAUUUCUAUAUGCGUUGGAACGCGCGCGGGAUCGACUAGCAGUAGCAGUACAAUUUAUAUGGUCGCCGAUGCGGCGAAUGUAUGCGGAUGCGGAUGCGGAUGCCGCCAGCAUCAGCGUAACAUACCGUCAAAACAACUCGGCGAUGGCGACAGCUCGCAAAAAAACGUCACCGUCUUGCGAUCGGUGCUGUACUUGUUGCCGAAUUACGAAGCUCAAGAGAUCAGCACGUUGUUUACAGCCGAUGACGCGGCCACGAACGCCGCCGAUGGAUUUGGCGAUGGUUUGACCAAUUCCAAAAUGUACGACAAAGAAAGCUCCGCUGCUGGCGGCGGAGAUAAUUUUCCCGACGAGCUGUGCGAUGAUUUCGACGAUACGUCAUCCGAAGAGAAUGAUUAUCCGUCACCGGAAAAAGCUCACUGUUCGCCUCCUCCAAGUACGCGAGCUACGGAUAAGAAUUUGUUACCGAAUGUGCAAUCGCAAAACAUUUACGAAUUCAUGAAGAAAGCCAGGAAAACGGUGAGGAAAAGUUGGAGCUCGCUCAAUCAGCAGAUGAGAAGAAGCAGCAUGCAGAUGCAGAUGCACAGCCGAACCAGCACCAGGUCGCAGCCGCAGCCGCCGCCGCAGCUGCCCAUUCGAGACCAAAUCCAAGAUAAAGCAGGCUCGCAAGAUUUCCAAAUAAGUGACGCUCAUUCCAACGGUGUGCAGACAAAAUUGAAAAAUAAUCGUCGCAACGUGGCUGCAAACGCCGCCGCCGCCACCGCCACCGCCGGCUCGGUGCGAUGGACGUCGUUCAAAACCAAACUACGUCCCAAAUAUUCUACCGUCAGCGCCACCAAUUCUUCGUCAAUUUUCUACUUGAAUCCGGAAGAUCUUCGUUUCGACGCACUCACCAAUACGAGUAAAAGAAAUGACGAUGCGAACGUCUCCGAAAGAGAACGAGAAAGAGAAAAAGAAAAGGACGAAUUGACGCUUACGCGAAGAAGAACCACGUGCUUGGAUUUCAAUGCGAGUAGACCUCGGCCGUCAUCUCCUCCACCGCCACCGCCUGUUGCUACUGGCGCAGCUGCAGCCGAUACACCGCAACAACAUGCAGAUGGAAAUUUUCGUACCGACUGUGAUCGCGAUCAACAUCUCAAGCAACAACCAGCUGAUCAAAAGCGCGACAGUAUCGCAACGACUGCAACUAGUCGUGUCUCAGGUUCGCCUUUCAGUUCGUCCAAUUCAGAUUUGAAUGCGAGUUCGUGUUCUGAUUUGCAGUCAAGAUUUGCCGAUGAGCCGUUAUAUCAGUUUUAUACCGAAUCCGUUGCUCAGCUGACUACAAACGCGUCGAUGCGCGAACACGACUCGGACGAUUCGGAUGGCGAUGGUUACGAAGAAAUCGGUUCGUCGACGAGCAGGCCUUCGGCUAUGGAACUGAUCACGCCGUGUCCCAACGGUCACGGUCAGUGUCGUUCGUUGUGGUGCGAAGUGGACGAAGUGAAACACAGCGGCAUUUUGGAAAAACUCAGUGUCAGUCGGCAAAAGCUUCAGGAGGCCAAGUUUGAAGUGAUCACUUCGGAAGCGUCGUAUUAUAAAUCGCUAUCGGUGUUGGAUAAAUUAUUCGCCAACGACGCGCGAUUACGAGACGAAAAUUUACUUUGCAAAAACGACUGGAAAAUAUUGUUCGGAAAUGUUGCCGCCGUGAGAAAAUGCUCGCAAAUGUUACUGUCGGAUUUAGAGAAAUGUUGGCAAGACGACAUAAUGCUGGCUGGUUUGAGCGACGUAAUUUACGAGCACGCGUUGAAAAAUUUCAAAAUUUUCGUCAAAUAUUGCUCCAAUCAAAUUUAUAUCGAUCGAACGCUGAAAAAACUCAGGGAGCACAACGUUACUUUCGUGGAAUUGAUCAACAAAUUGGAAGCGGAUCCUAUUUGCCAGUCGUUGAGUUUGCAUUCUUUUUUAAUGCUACCUAUGCAACGAAUCACCAGAAUGCCGUUACUAGUGGACGCCAUUCUUACAAAAUUAGAUCCCGUUCACGACCAGCGUGAUCAUAAAACUUUCAAAACUACUCUAGCCAAAUUGAACAAGAUUGUGAAAGACUGCAAUGAAAAUGCCAGAAAAUUCGAACAAUACGAAGAAAUGCUUUUACUCAGUCAACAGUUGGAAUUUUCUCGCAAGGACGUGAAAAUGUUUUCGGUCGCGUCGAGUUCGCGAUGGCUCGUCAAAUCCGGCCCGUUAACGCAUUUAAAUCCGCCCGACGCCAAGCUAACCAUCACGCGCAAGCUGACCAAAAACGCUAUCAAAUUAUAUUUCUUCCUGUUCAACGACAUGCUCGUCAUUGCCAAGAAGAAAAGCGAGGAGAGCUACGCGGUCGUCGACUAUUGUUUAAGAAACGUAAUGCAAAUGAGCCUGCUGGAUGAUUCGCACUCGUCAUCGUCGUCGUCGUUGUCGUCGUCGUCGCAGCCGAGUUUAGUCAAUCUGUAUCUGCCGCAUCGAUAUCUGUUAUUGCUUACAAUUUUGGAAAAUCACGACGGUAAAACCGUCGAAAUGGUUUUGAGCUGCGAUUCGGAUUCGACUCGUCAACGAUGGUUGGAAGCUUCGUAUUCUCGUCUAACCUCCGAUAAUCCGGAAGAGAAGUUGUACGAAGAAUGGGACUGUCCGCAAGUGCUGACUGUGCACGAUUACGCCGCCAAUCAACCCGACGAACUGUCAUUGCAAAAUGGAGACGUCGUCAAAGUACUGAAAAAAACCACCGACGGUUGGUACCAUGGCGAAAGAAUUCGAGACGGAGUUACCGGCUGGUUUCCUGGAAACUAUACCGUGCAAGUCGCUUCGCAACAUACGCGAGCCAAGAAUUUGAAAUUACGCCAUCGAUUGUUGACUCUAUCGGCCGACUUUCUGCACAAUCAACAACAAAAGUAAUACACCGCAAAAACCGAUUAAUAGUUUCGUCGAUGGUCAAAUUUUUCAAAUUUCUGUACUCCGCGUCGCGCCUGUACGAAAUACGAAUACCAGCCAGGAGUUCGAGUCACAUCCGUCGACCAUUAAAUAUUCUUAUACCGUUAUUAUUAGGUAUUUCAGAAACGGCCGCGGCGGUGUAGUUGGUUUAGUCAGUUGUAGACUGUUGCUGCAAGCAGUAGUGAAAAGUGAAAACUGAAUUGUGAAUAGUGAUCGAGCGUUGACGGGGAAUGCUAAGCGAGUAUUU